CUUACAUUCUGCUACUGGCAAAUAGAAUCUUGCCAUGCCAGCGCCCAAGGCAGCUCCAAGAGCCAGGCCGACAUCAGCAGGAAGACUGAAAGAUGAUCAGUUGCAUCCAGGGGUGCAGCGCUGCUCGACACCAAGCAAUCCGAACUGGAAGGUGCGUGCGAGUUACACAGCUCUUCCUGGAAGAGCUGUGUCGGCCGAGAGGAGACCGAGGGCUGUGGUCAGGUGGUUAAUCAGAGCUUUGUGUUUGCUUAGCGUGCGGUGCCAGAAUCGUGUCAGGGGUUCGGCUCUAAUCUGUAGGCACCUUUGAAGAUGUCUUCAAUGCAUGUCUUUUUGCUUCAUUUGGUCCAAGAUGCUACCUUGAAGCCUCCCCUCAACCUUCCUUGUGCCCACACAGGUAGCUGAGGUGAUGGGCAGAUGGCAAUCAAGCAGGGCCACCCGCGGUACAGUGGUCGAACGAUGCCAAAAACUAGAGGAGAACAUGCUGCGGAAUCUCCAAGAGAUGCGCUCCUAUAGGCAAGGAAUCGAUGAGGUGGUCGAGAGGCGAAAAGCGGCAGCAAGGCAGUUCAUGGAGGAGUUCAAGCCGAAUCCUGAUACCAUCAAGCUGAGCGAGCUUAAGCCUGCUCCUCAUCUUGAUCCGCUGCAGCCAAGACCGAAGGAGAACCAGAGCAUGAAGGUUCGCAUAUCAGCUAUGGAAGUGAAUGCAGAGAGCAAUAACGAGGCGCUUGGAGACCACCGGAAGGUCUUGGACUGCAUCUUGGCAAUACGGCAGGCUGCAGCGGAGCGAGCGAUGGACCCAAGCAAGGUUUCUCCGAGCCAGGCUCUUGCCGCUGCGGCAAAUCAAGUUCCAGAUGAGGAAGCACAGCCGGAACCUGUGAGCAUCAACCAGAAAUGUCGAGAGAUUCAACGGAAUUCCAAAUGGAUGGGUUCGGCCAUGCAAAAGGCCGCCGUUUCAAAGGCAAGGUCGGAUGAUGUCAAGGAGAAACGUGCAUGGCAAGAAGCAGAGCAGAGGGAAGAAGACGUGACCACCGCGACCGAGAUUCCACCUUUGAGGCCACACUCUGUGGGUGCGACGAGGCCAAGCAUCUCACACUUGAGUGAUCCGAAGCAACCGAAGUCUUCGAGACGGCCCAUUUCGGCGGCCUCCACAACGUGGGCUUCUCGGCCUGGAUCGCGCCCGGUGUCAGCGAUGUCCCGAGGAGGAACCAGUGGCCGCAGCUCUAGGCCUUCAUCGGUGUCCUCUCUCACUGCGCGGUUUAGGAAUUUGCAAGAGUGUGUCGAAAAGAACCAGGAGACCUUGCAGUCUCACCGGCACGGACUGGAGAUGGUAGUGAAGAUGAGACAGGAAAGAGUGCAGAGAUUGGCGGAUGAGCUCCUGCAGAGUCUCGCGGCCAU